ACUAGGAGUCUCUCACGAAAGCUUUUGUUAAGUUCCAGCGAGGAGCGAACUUGGUGACCUUUAUCACUAAUGUCGAAUUUUAAAAGUAAAUCCGUUGAACAGCCGACAACUGCAGCCGUAGCCGAACCGGGCCCUGAUUGGCCAAUUGCGAAGAAAAUUUGGGGCUUGGCAUGGGAGCUACACUGGGUUGGGUUCGGUAUCUUGUUUGGCUUGGUGGCCGUUCAUUCCUUCGUUGCCAUAGUGAUGGUGAAUCAUAGGAGAGGAUUCGCUCGCAAGCCAUUGUUUGUGGCCAUAAACGUGAUGCUCCUUGUGCUCGGAUUAACCAGAUCCGUGUAUUUAUUGUUAGAUCCGUACGAAUCUAGAGAAAAUGGCGUGCAGGAUCCACAGUGGAUGACACUACUUCUCUUUGGAAUCGCUUUUCCAUGUCUAACUUCCUCGUUUUGUUUGAUACAUCUGGCUUUUCUGGAGGUUACUAAGCUGAAAGUUGGUCCAAACAAGCUGCAGAAUGUGAAAUUUAUCUCUGUUGUCGUUGUGAUCCACUUUAUCAUUGUAUUGGUCGCAGAGACGUCCGCCUCCAUGAAGCCAGAACUGGACCCCCUGUUGAUCGUGUGCCAGUCUUUCUUCAUUCUCUGGGGCUUACUGCUUUCUGGUAGCUUCAUCUACAGCGGAUGCAAAGUUAUCAGGCGAGUGGAAAACGUUCACGAGCAACUGAAUUCGAUUGAGAAAAACGAGCGACUGCGAAACAAGAAAGUAAAGUCUAGCACAACUAAAGUGGCUAAGAUAACCAUUGGCACGAGCAUCCUGGGAAUUGCUGUUUGUGCGUUGAAUUUCUAUUCCAUGGUGGGCGUAUACGGUUUGUACAGCAAAGUUGUUCAUCCCUCUCCUUGGCCCUGGCUAGCUUUUCAAUCGGGCUUUCGCCUCGUUGAGCUUGCCAUGGCAGGCACGAUAGCCUACAGUGUGAUGCAAAGGGAAGGGGGAAACAAGAAAGACAACGCUGUGAGUGGGACCGAGGGAGUGAAUUUGUCCUCAAGAAUUAAGCCACAAUAGAAUGCAGUACUCUCAUUUGAGCGUAUACAGGGGCGUAACUAGGAUUUUUCAAGGAGGGGGGGUCACACGGUGUAACAGGGGGUUCUCACCAGAUUGUCAUGUCGACCUUCACCCCGUGUUUUACUUAAAAAAUACUUUCAAAUGAGGGGGGGGGAGUGGGUCACGGAUA